AUGAAUGUGGCUUUGUAUAAUAAUUUUAUAAUAAUUUCAUGUAUAUAUUAUUAUGAUUGCAUGAAUAAAACACAAGCUGAUAGUUCUUGUGUACUUUUACUGCUAAUCAGUCAACAGGAGAUGUGUUUACUGACCUGGUUUGAGGGUCAGAGGUGUGGUGGGCAUGGCCUAAAAAAAAAAAACAGCCUAAAAACCCCGUUUGUCCUGGUUUUGUUGAGACACUCUGAACUCAUCAUGUUGCUGAGGAGCUGCUGCACUGUGUGGAUUCUGCUGGCAGGCCUCGCUGCUGCUGCAGUUUUUGUGGAGAAGCAGGAGGCCAGCCGAGUGCUGCGGAGAUGGCGGCGAGCGAAUAGCGGCUUCCUGGAGGAGCUGAAACAAGGAAACCUUGAGAGGGAAUGCAUCGAGGAGAUAUGUGACUAUGAGGAGGCGCGGGAAGUUUUUGAAGACGACGACAAGACAAGGCAAUUCUGGCUGACCUAUGAACGUCGUGACCCGUGCUUGUGCAACCCGUGUCUUAACAAUGGGACAUGUGUCUACGAGGGGACGUCCUACCAAUGUUACUGUCCUGAAGGAUUUGAAGGACGAUACUGUCAGACAGUGAUGGGUGACUUACUGAAGUGUCUUUUCCUGAAUGGACACUGUCAGCAUUUCUGUGAUGGUUCAGGAGAAAGACGGAAAUGUUCCUGUGCCGACGGAUACAAACUAGGAGACGAUGGACGAGAGUGUGUCGCUCAGGUGGAGUAUCCGUGUGGUCAGCUGCCUCCGCAGGAAACAAGCCUGAACCAGAGUGUGGUUGGUCAGACCAGACUGGUGGGAGGGAACCACUGUCCCAAAGGAGACUGCCCCUGGCAGGUUCUGGUUCAGUUAAAUGGGAAGAGUCACUGUGGAGGAGCUCUGAUCCGUCCAGACUGGGUCAUCACUGCUGCCCACUGUAUCCACGGCAACAGUGACCAAAACCUCACCGUGGUGGCAGGGGAACACAACUUGGAUGUGGAAGAAGGCACAGAACAGAAGAUACCCGUUUCCAUGGCGAUCGCCCACGAAGGCUACGUCCCAGCGACAGGGGACAGCGAUAUUGCCUUGCUGCAGCUGAGUCGUCCCGUCACCUUGAACCGCCAUGCCGUCCCCGUCUGCCUGCCGACCAGAGACUUCACCGCGAUGGAGCUCCUGCAGGUUCGCUACCACACUGUGUCCGGCUGGGGCAAGAGGACCACCGGGGGCAACGCCGACACUACCGGCACCCUGUCCAUCACCCCCAUAUCACCCAUCCUCCGCAAGCUCUCCGUCCCCAUCCUCGAGAACUCCCAGUGCUCCCAGAGAGCCCAGUUCAACCUCACCAACAACAUGCUUUGUGCAGGAUACAUGGAGGGUCGCCAGGAGAGUUGUCGUGGAGACGACGGGAGUCCACUGGUCACGCUCUACGGCUCCACCCACUUCCUGACGGGUGUGGUUGGCUGGGGCCGUGGCUGUUCACACCCGGGGUAUUAUGGGGUGUACGCCAACAUGGCCAACUUUGUUGACUGGGUGGAGGGCACCAUAAAAUCCCCGCCCCUCAUGCAGACAGCCAAUAACAAGCCAGCAUAGACAGUUUAACCCUUUACUGGGCAAAGACCGAUAUUUGGUAACUUCAGCGGACAUCCAAAAUAGGGUCCCCAUGCCUCGCCGUGAGGUCAUAGAACCACAUGGAUUUCUCCAGCUAAUCAGUCAAGAUCAGGCUAUGUCACAGAUAGUGGUACCAUCGCAUCUGACCAAUUGGUAUAAUAAUGACAAUACAAUAAUAAUAACUCAAUUGACCCUAAUUUGCAACAUAAAAAUUAAACAUUCUCAAAAAAAAAAGUCACAAAUGUAAAAGUCUUGAAAUAUAACACUUUAGGAUUGGAAUUUUCAAAUUCAAAGUAUUUUAUUGAGUGCCCCAUAAAGGGUUAAAAGCUUUCAUGAACCAGAUUUGAUUCUUUAUGUCAGUUACAGUGCUAUUCAGUACAUGUUAUUCUUCUGUUAAAAAAGUAAAGUUCAUCUUCUUGGGACUAUAAAUGCGUUCCUUGUAAUUUUAUGAAAAUCUGACCCAAAUUGUUUCAGAUAAAUAAAUAAAUAAAUUUAAUAACUAGUUUUCCAGAUUAAAGUCUUUAUUAAGUUUUUCUUAAAAUGUAAAAGGUUAAUUCUCUGGAAAGCAGGAAUGGGAUGAUGAAGUUUAAUUGAAAUCUGUUUUAAUUUUUUUGUCUUAGAGUUGUGUUUCGUUUUUGUUUGGUGUGCUUGAGGGAAUAUCAAAGGGUUAUCAAGAUAAUGGCUCAUCCUCUUGAAACAUUAAAUAUGUACUUAAAAUGUCAUGUAAAUCUGACCAGUAGUUUUCUAGACUGCAGUUUUUUUCAUGUCAUAAUAAAACAAAUCUCAAGUAGGAUUUGUGUUUACAAUAAAAAAUCUCUGGAUUGAUGUGUUGAUGCUGAAUAAAAGUUACUGAUUGGA